GCUUAGCCGCUCCAUCAAGGCACACCGCACUAUAUAAAAAAACCAAAUUCCCUUUCCUUUCCUACAAGAAGCCACAAAAUCCUCCCUGUCUAGCUUAUAUCAAUCCUAAAAGAGAAAUCCUUCCAAAAAUCCCUACUCAAAAACCCUAAUUUUUUCAAAUUUGAAUCGUUGAUUUGAUUCAUAUAAUCUGAGUUCUUUUCAAUCCUCAGAGGAUUCAUCUCUGAGAUCGAAACCUUUUGAAAUUUAUUAAAAUGUCUGCAAUUUUAUGUGGAAAGAGAUCUCAUUUUGAAGAAUUACCAGAUUUUUCCACUACACCUGUUUCCAAAAAGAUUCGCUGUUCUUCUUCUUCUCCUGUAAGAUUUUCACCAUUUUCUCCGCCUUCACGCUCUCUUCUUGACAAGCUCAGGGAAGCCUUCCCUCUUAUGGACCACCAGGUUCUGGAGAAAACCUUGGAAGAAUUUGGUGAUGAUAUUGAUGCUGCCAUUAAGUGUCUGCACGAGUUAUGUAUAGGAACCUCUGAAGAAACUUUGGGGUCUCUGAAUCAUGUAGAUGCACUAGCAGAGCAAGGUGGUUUGUCUGCAGAGGAACAACCAGUGCCUACUGCAGAUUGUUCUGCCCAGAACUUGCUCCCAACAGAUGGUUGUCAGUGGGUGGAAUUCUUUGUUAGAGAGAUGAUGAGUGCAUCGAGUGUAGAUGAUGCACGAGCUCGCGCUGCUAGGGUUCUGGAAAUUCUUGAGAAAUCAAUAAAGGACCGUGCAGCUGCUGAGGUUUCUGAGAACUAUCAGAAGGAAAACAAUAUGUUGAAGGAGCAAAUUCAAGCCCUUGUGAACGAUAACAAUAUACUUAAACGAGGAAUUCAAAUUCAACAUGAGCGUCAAAAGGAAUAUGAAGACAUCAUUCAAGAAGGGCAGCACGUAAAGCAAUUACUUUCUCAGUACCAAGAGCAACUAAGGAGAUUGGAGUUUACUAAUUAUACAUUGACUAUGCAUCUCAAACAAGCUCAACAAACCAAUUCUAUACCUGGACAUUAUCAUCCUGAUGUAUUUUAAGUGUAUUUUAGUUGAUGUAUCUUUAAUAUUUGUAACUUGGAUGUUGAAUACAUUCAACUGCCCAACUAGUAUCUAAUUUAUUUGUUGUUGUUACUUGGUACAAUGGAAUACGGAUUUUUUUUUUAGUUUACUUGCUACUUUUUUCUUUCUUUUUAAUAUAUAAAUAUAUACAGUUCAUGUGAAGAAGGAUAUGGUUUGCCUUUUAUUACUUUUUACUUUGAAUCGA